GUGCAUUGAUUCGCUAUCAAUUAGUAUACAGAUUUUUUCAUCAACCUAUCUUAUUUCGGAUCGUACAGAAAAUUAAAUAUUAUUUCAAAAAUGGCCUACAAAAGCCUACAACUAAUGCAAAUAUGCAGAUCUCCUGGAUCAACGAUUUUAUUUCGAAGUAUGUCAACAAAUUCGAAGCCCCUCCUUUAUUCUUUGUGGUCGAGCUCUUGUUCUUGGAGAGUCCGCAUAGCACUGGUGAUUAAGAAGAUUGAUUACGAAGUUAAACCGACUUCUUUAACAAGGACGGUGAGCGAUCAUGCAUAUACAGAUGAAUAUAGAAAAGUAAAUCCCAUGCAGAAGGUUCCGUCCUUAAAAAUUGAUGGACACACGCUGUGCGACUCGGUGGCUAUAAUGCACUACCUAGAGGAAACUCGCCCUCAACCUGCUCUCCUGCCCCAAGAUCUUGUAAAAAGAGCAAAGGUCCGGGAAAUUGUUGAGCUUAUAUGCUCGGGCAUUCAGCCGCUGCAGAAUAUUGCAGUACUGGACCAUAUAGGCAAGGAUCAGGGUUUGAAAUGGGCACAACAUUGGAUCACCCAUGGAUUUCAAGGUCUGGAAAAGAUACUUUCCCAAUCGGCGGGCCAGUUCUGUGUGGGAGAUGAGCUUACCAUGGCGGAUCUUUGUCUUGUGCCGCAGGUUCGCAAUGCUAGAAGAUACAAAGUUGACUUGAGUCCAUAUCCAACUAUAGUUCGUUUAAAUCAAGAACUACAACUACUGAAUGUUUUUAAAUCUACUCAUCCCAGUACUCAGCCCGACUGUCCACCGGAGUUUCUUAAGAAAUAAACAAAUCCUACAAGAUGUUCAUAUAAAUUCUUAAAAAAGUUCCAACAGAUAUCGAUUAUUAAACAGCCUUCUAUAACCCAGAACCAAAUCGAAGUAAAACUUCAUUGAAUUAUAAUAUAAUUUUUAUUAGUUUUGUCAUUUUUAUAUAAUCGUUCUUAAAUGUGUAAUGUGUAAUUCACGUAAUUCAUUUAUGUACCGUCCUAACUUUGCGUUUCUAAUUUUCCAUCCUGGAUGCGGAUCUUUAUAAUGUUUCUGUGUAUGUAGUAUGCACUUAUUGGCUUUCCUGGUUGGAGUUGUGUCUCUGUGGUUGUGUCUGCGUGUGUAUAUAUGUAUUCAACAAAUUUUACUAUAAAUACUAUUACAUACAUACAGAUGCGCCGUACGCAUUACAUAACAUAACCAUUACAUUCGAUAUACAUGCAUGUUCUGUACUGUAUCUAACAUCGGUACCGAUCGAUCGCCUACCUAGCUUAGCUUUCAUUUUAUUGUUGGCCGUUUAGUUCGCCAUUACCGUAAAGUUUUAGUCGCAAUCUGCAUUAUAAUCGUCAUUUUCAUUUUCAUUUUCAUUUCGAUUUUCAUUUUUUGUUCGAGUAUGAUUCACUUGGGGUUAUAUAGCUAUGCAUAUAUAUGUAUGUAGAGAGGAGUAACUGUUUGCAUACUUUUCGUUCGCAAUUGUACAAGUUUUCUUAUCGUUUCGUUAAUUGCAAAAAUUAUGUUUUUCGAUUUGUUAAAACUUGAAUGAGCUACUUUAAAGAAUCUUCUUGUAGGGAUACCUUUUGAUUUAAUUGUUUAAAGAUUUCACUAGACUAUUUUUUCUGUUACUUGUCUUACUUUUUGGUUUUUGUUCUUUCAAAUCUAUACCUCGUAAAAUGAAAUUGAUAAAUAAAGAAAACCUACUUUAUACCGUGGUUAUGUGUGAUCUUUUCCCAUUGCGAUUUUCAAAUGCUAAAUGAAUAAAUCUAUAAAAUCGUUUGCUUUGCUACUUGAUUUUUAAAAAACUUCAAUUGAUUAUACUUUGUAAAUAGAGCAUAACUAAAUAUCGUUGAUUUCAUUUUGCAUUUAUUUUGUUUACUUCAAUUAGGACACGUUCACGUUCCUUUUUAUUUUGGGUUCAUUUGCACUCAGAAAGGGAUUUGGUUUGCUAAAAUUUUAUUUAAAUAUUUUGCUAAUAUGUAUAAGUAAAACUUGUUUCUCUGCGCAAUGUAUUUUCGUUCUUAUAUCGGCUAUUUAAACACGAUUCGCUACAUGCUCCACAAUAAUCGCGCAAACCGAAUCGCUGGAUCGGUUUGCCACGUUAUUUUUUUGGAGCCUCCAUUUUUUUCGCACCUAGGUUAAUAUUACAUUCGCUUAGCCUAUAUAGGCGGCAUUGUAUUUACAUACAUUUAAAUACUCUAUAUACGUUAAUUUGUUUACACCUUCCGACUUCAUUUCUCAUUUUGUCAUUAUUAUUAUCACAGUCAAAUCAUAAAAGAUUUAGUACUUUUACUUUUGAAUGAGUUUCCAUGAUGUUUGCUUUUUGCUAAUGUUCCGCGCUUUCGAAUGACCAUAUCGAUCAGUGUCAAUAUCGUUAUUAUUAAUUCUUGUCUAUAUAAACCUAUUGAGAGAUCGAAAAGUGUGGCUGCUGCUGCUGUUCGUAAUUCCUAUAGUGUGCACCGGGAUUUGACGUUGAGUGAAGAGUGUGUGCUAGUGUUUCUCAACCAGGGAUCUCCUAAGUAACUCCCAAGGGGGUCCCAAGGUAAUGCUAUCGAAUCAAUUAUUUGAAAUUCUAAUCGCUUGUAUAAAAUAAUUCCUACAUGUUGAGCGAAAUGUUGGACUUUCGGGGAUCUGUUGCUCUUGAUAUUGGCCAGAUAUCGUGAAGGCCGUAAUUUCUAUGUAACUUUUGUUUCUGUUCUCUAAGGUACUCACGUAUGCAACUUCUUAGGUUUUUGGUUGCGAAAGUGUUUAAGUGAAGAAGACUCGAAAAUUCGAUUUUUACUUGUUACGAUCCGAAAGUUAAUAUUCUUUUUCCGUUAACUAUUUUGUACACUGAAUAAGAUUGCAUUUAUAUAUGGUGUUGUUGGUUUUUUCACUAUGACUGUGAUGCAGUUUUAUGAGUUAUGACUUAGGCUAGGAUCAUUUAACGGCAUUACGUCUACGCUUUUUCUCCAGCACCUCCAAUACUGCACAGCAAUAUCUGGUGCAUCGGUUUCUUCGAUUUUCGAUCAUUGAGAGAGUUUAAAAUCUUUUCGGCUACUUUACAUAUUUUUGAUGUAGACCCAUGUGUGCUAAAUGAAACUGUGCCAAAUGGAAACGCAGGUAAAUAAAUAUUUUUUGGGGUCCGUGCCGAGCUGCACUGAUCGAUGAUUUUUUUGGGAAAGUGAGGCCCUGCACGGACCUUUUUUCGGGGUACUGGGUUCUUUUGUUUCAAUCGUUAAACCGCUUUUAUUUGCUUGAAUUAAUUAAUAUUAAUUUUAUUUAUCACACUAACGACUACGUUUUAUACUUUUAGUGUAUGUGUAUAUAUAUAGUAUUUAAUAUUUUACUAAUGUUGUAUGCUUCUGUUGUGGUUGCUGAAUGAACGUCUCUCCGUAGCCGGGUCGGCCAAUCCGAUAGAUUUAUACAUACAAUGCUAUAUGAGGUUAUAUAAUGAUUCAGUUAGUUCUCCGAUUCGAUUCUCCGACCUAUCAAUACCAGCAAAGUUCGCAUCAAAUCGCAAACAUAUCAUUUCAUUUACGUUCUGCUCUGCUCGACUGCCAUGUACGUUUACGAUUUUUAGUAUAUGUAGGUAUACAUACAGGUAUAUGCAUAUGGGGGGGGGGUGUGUACAUUUAUAAUAUAAUGCAUAGGCAUCGUAAUGUUUAAUUGUUCUAAUAACAGUGUGGGUGGCAAAGCAUAACAAAUUAUAAUAAAGUUACUUCGCUUUUUGUCGCUUUAAGUAUGUAGUUAUGUAUGUAUGUAAUAUAUGUAUGUACUAUACGAGAUUUGAUUGAUAAAUUGAACUCCUCUUUACAUAUUUGUAUUUUAGCAACAUACGGAUUUCAUUUCGAAGAGCAAAACACAUUGCCACUUCGCGUUUUCUUGUUGUUCUUGUUGGGUUUUUUCUUUAAACGUUCAAAGUCGAAUUUGAAUUACUUUAGAUAUUUAUGUAUUGUAUGUAUAUAGUUAAUAAAAGUUGCUUUUAUGUUUACUACUUUAACACUAAUAGACUCCGUCGUUGAAAUAACAGCUGUAUUACUUUCUUUUCCCUACCAUCUAUCCAUUCCUCCAUUGUUAUUGUUAUAGAUGCCUUUCAAUAUAUAAUUUAAUAAAACUGCUGAACCCGUGUGUGUAGUACUGGUGAACAGAACUUAAUGCGCACGUCCUUCCAAAGUUUUCUAGUUUCGUAUGAUUGCAGUGGAUAGUUAGUUGGAUAGUUGGUGUUCUGGGAGGGGGUGGCGAUAUAGAGGAUGAGUUGCAUGACAAAUGUGCCUGAUAAGUGGAUUCGUGGGUGCCAGUGGCAGUAACAGUUGUAUUUGUGUCGAUGGUAAGCACAAAGCAAUCAUGCGGCCUAAUGGUGCAACUUGGAUUUGGGGCAGACUGGGUUGCUAGGGCCACCCACAUACCAUUUCUAGAUUUUUUGGUGUUUUUUUUUCUCGCGGAUGUGGAUGUGGGCCUGCGGGUUGCGUGAAGCUUCAAUUUGUACAGCAAAUAACAAACGCAUUCAAACAAUAAAAUCCAAACAAGCAUAAACACGUCGAAAGCGGGACGCGGGUUACCGGAACCGAUGGGAUCGGAUCUGACUCUCAUCCGAUCGGUUCGACAGCCCCGAUAAUCUCCAUUUUCCAUUUUCUCAUCUUCCCC